AUGUCGUCUCUUUCUAUCCCAUCAACUCAACAAGCUGUUGUCCUUCCGGCAAAGCGUACACCUCUCAGCUCGCUCACCGUCCCGGUUUACCCUCCAGCACCCGGUGAAGUCCUCGUCCGCGUUCACUGGACAGCCUCCACACCCCUUGACCUACACCGUGCAGAUGGUGGCCUCCUCAUCUCCGAAUAUCCAGCCCUCAUGGGCAAUGGCGGCGCCGCAGGCAUUGUCGUCGCUGUCGGUGAUGGAGGAGACCUCAAGGGGUUAAAGGUCGGGGACCGAGUGAGUGCCUUUGCUUUCCACGGUGGCAAGGAGUCCAACCACCAGGAGUACAUCACCAUCCCCGCGUACCUGGCCUCCAAGAUUCCAGAGAAUCUAUCCUUUGAGGAGGCUGUGACGGUACCCGUCAACCUCGUCACUGUGUUUCAUUCAGCGACCGCGGACCUCAACCUCGAGCUGCCUUGGCCUAUCCCAGAGGGUUACACGCCUAAGAAGGCCGAUGAGCCCAUCCUCAUCUGGGGAGCUGCCAGUAGUGUGGGAAUCUUUGCCGUCCAAGUCUUUCACCAUUGGGGUUACAAGAACAUUCUCGCCGUCGCAAGCGGCAAGCACCAUGAAUACCUCCGCGGGAUUGGCGCAACCCAGUGCUUCGACUACCGCAAGGGCGAUGUCGUGGACCAGAUUCUCAAGUACGCUGGCGACCGUUCCGAGCCCAAGCUCCCCUACAUUCUAGACUGCAUCGGCUCCCUCGACGGCACCCUCAAGCCCCUGACAAAGAUUGCGCAGCGCGGCAGCAUCGUGGCCGUUAUGCUCCCCGUCAUCCUCAAGGACGCCACCGUGGAAGAGGAGCCUGAGUAUGAGAUGGAUGCAUCCAAGGUUCUCGUCGGAGAAUGGGCUGAGGGUGUUAAUGUUCGUGGAGUGCGCACGCAUUUCUACCUUUCUAAUCAAUUUUUCAAGGAAAAUAUGCAGCCUGAGAUUAUCCCUGCACUACUGAGGGACGGCGUAGUGUCUCCAAACAAGUACCGCGUUGUCGAGGGAGCGACGGCGGUCGAGAGAGCUCAGAAGGCAGUCGACAUUUUGAGAAACAAGGAGGUCAGUGGUGAGAAGCUUGUCUGGAGGAUCGCAGAUACGGAUGCCUGA